GUAAGACGCAAGUUUCCAACACUGUGUGUGGACGUGUGCGUGACAACAAUACGAUAUUUGACGAUUCUGUUACCAAAAAUGAGUUUUUCGGACUAUUUGUGCCCUUUUAGUGCUUGAUUUUUGGAUUAUUUUGGAUAUUUGAGCCCUUUUUUUUACUUCAAAUCAAUGGACACCAUGUAGAGAGGAAGCGCCAUGGCGACGCCGGCUGUUUCCCUCCAUCCCUUGCCCAUCUCCAUAGCCACCCCAUCGAGGGAUUCGAUGACAUUUACCAGCACCAAAGGUCUGCUAAAUGGGCCGGGACAGAAUAAUUGUUUCCUAAAUAGUGCCGUUCAGGUCCUCUGGCAUUUGGACAUUUUCCGGCGCAGUUUCCGGGACCUUUCCGGGCACGCUUGCAUGGCCGACUCUUGCAUCUUCUGCGCCUUAAAAGAACUUUUCUCCCAAUUGCAAUUCUCCAAUGAGACGGCCCUCCCCCCCGAUGCCUUGCGUCGUGCCCUCGCCGAGAGUUUCUUCGACCAGCAGCGUUUCCAAUUGGGUUUUAUGGAUGAUGCCGCUGAAUGUUUCGAAAAUAUGCUCCUCAGGAUCCAUAUGCAUAUUGCCCAUGGCGAAGCCGAGGAUAUGUGUAAUGCCCGCCAUUGUAUCCCCCAUCAAAAAUUCGCCAUGACUCUAGUUGAACAAAGUGUAUGCAACUCGUGUGGGGCGACGUCGGAGCCACUUUCCUACACCCAGAUGGUGCAUUACGUGUCGACGUCUACUUUGGUGUAUCAAGUGCGGACGACAAGACCCCAAGGCAUAAUCGAACCUUUUGGGCAACUUUUACGCAAAGCUGGGAGUAUGGGCGAUAUUCGGGUGUGUCCGAGUGCGUGUGGGGCGGUUAUCCAAAUCGGUCGAACUUUAAUGAACCGGCCUGAAAUCGUCUCAGUUGGCCUUGUUUGGAACUCAGAACGGCCUACUUUGGAACACAUAAUGGAGGUUUUCUCGACCAUUGGUACCACUCUCCGACUUGGGGAAGUUUUUAACAGUGUGAUUGAUGGUAGAUGGGCGGAAACGUCCAUCCAUACUUUGGUGGGGGUUGUGACAUAUUAUGGAAAACACUACUCGACGUUCUUUUUCCAUACCAAGCUCCGAGUAUGGAUAUAUUUCGAUGAUGCUACUGUCCGUGAAGUGGGACCACGAUGGGACCAAGUGGUCGAUAAGUGUCGCAAAGGGCGGUACCAACCCCUCCUUCUCCUCUACGCUCUCCCGGAUGGUACCCCUGUCAAUACAGAAAACGCACCAAAACAAGUGGUACCAUUCUAUGACAAACCCAAGAAAUUGGCAAAUUUGCGACGUUCGGUAACCCCAAGUCCCGAAAAACCAGUUAUUGGUACCACGCGUCGCGCAAUAACCCCGAACCCUGAUGGUACCACUUGUCAAAAACCGCCACUCCCAAGACCCUACAACGAGUACCAGAACCUGUCCGUAAUCCAGAGUAACCUCUACCCGGAACCCCACAGGAACAUUCACCGAACCUUGAGUAAUGGUUCCUCGAGUGGUACCGAAGGCUUGUUCCGGGAUUACCCCAACAUUCCCCGCACCCGCGAUUCCGGGAAUUGGUCCAGUGACCGGAACAGUGCCUCCUCCUCCUCCUCCACGACCAUGGAGAACCCAUAUUUGUACCUUGUGGGUAAAGUACCAGAACCAAAUCCUCGGAAUGAAUCCUCGAGUAGUACCAGUAGUGGGGUUUACGAUGUGGGCUACGACUCUUACUCCCUCUCAUCGAAUGACAGUAGUACCAUGACCACCAUCCAGCACAUGAUGAAGAUGGGUCAUUUGGCCAAAAUCCCAGAGGAUUAUAAUCCAGGACCGGCUCAAGUGUCCCAAAGUUGUGACGUUUUGUGUGACGAAGCUGAUGAACUUUUGGUCAAAUCCAGGCAAUUGGAGGACGACCAUGACCUUGUUUUGGCCUUGGCUCUGUGCAACGCGGCGGCUACCAAGGCCCGAGCCGCCAUGGAUGCCCCUUACAACAACCCCCAAACCCUCACUUUAGCCCGAAUGAAGCACAACACUUGUAUUAUGAGGGCUAGGAGCCUCCAUCGCAGAAUGACCCAGAACCAGAACCAAUCCAAGGAUGCUCCUCCUGAAAUCCGCCACACGCGGGAGGGGAGUUCCGGAUCGGGGAAACACUCCCGCCAAAACUCCCACUCCCGUCAAAACAGCAAGGAGGAAAAACCGGUCAAAAACAUCGAGAUUUAUGCCACUUUGCCCAAAAAGAAGAAAGUUGUUAGUAUUGAAGAUGAUGAGGAUUAUGUCGUGUAUGACAAACCUCCCAGUCGGGAGAGUCGGAGUAUCUUCUCCCGGAAGAACAAGGAGAAGAGGUCGAGGUCCGAGGACAGGAAUAAGGUCACAAAGGAGUUGUCUAUAGCCCCCGAACCCCCCAAAAAGGAGGUCAAGGCGAAGAAACAGCACAAGAUUCGACGAAAACUCCUCAUGGGGGGGUUAAUCAGGAGGAAAAAUCGGAGUAUGCCCGAUUUGACCGACACUAGUGAGAAAGAGAGGGAGAAACCCAGUACCACUGUUGAUGAUAGUGGGGUUGGGCUUAAGGGUACCACCGAGGCUAGCAUGUGUGGGUACUUAUCUGAAGGUCAUCUCGAGUUUACUAACCCCAAUUUGGAACGGAGUAAAUUAAUGAGGAAGAGUUUUCAUGGUAGUGCUGGUAAAAUCCUCACCGCGGCGAAAGUACCACCACCCCCACCCUUACGGACAACCUCCCAGUUGAGUACCAAGGAGUAUUACCGCCCAUCGCCCCUCCCAUACUACCACAAUUUGGUGGUAACGCGUGCUGAUGUCCAUCAGGAGGGGGUAGACGAGGUCGAUUGUGCCCCUUCGAACCUUGACCUCCCCCCCUACCCCAGUCCCUUAGGGUCGGUCAUACAUUCGCGGCAGGCAAGUGAGGAGUUUCCCCCACCUCCACCACCGCUAGACCUAUCAGCGCUCGAGGAACACCUAAAACCCCCAACUCCGCCCCCAACUCCUCCCUCAACAGAGGUACGACCCGGUGACACGUGGUUGAAGGAAUUACAAGCUAAACAAGCCGCUUUGAGGAAGAAACAGGAGACUGGGACUUCAGUCAAGGACUUGGCCUCAAAAUUCGAGAAUAUUCAAGUUUUUGAGGGUCAAAAUGGAGUGGUUACUGCGCGAAAACGGGAGGAUUUUGAUAUUCCUCCCGAGGAGGAGAAGAAAUUGGGAAAGAAGAAAAGUGUGUCGUUUUGUGAUCAAGUCAUCUUAGUUGCAACAGCUGAAGAACAGGAAGAUGACAGUUAUAUCCCAAACCCGAUCCUGGAACGUGUCCUUCGCUCAGCGAUGAAUAAACCGGAAACGGCCGCCAUUAGACAGGAAGUCCGUGCAUUACGUCAAGAAAUGGAAUUCGACCAAUCAGAUUGCCCGGUUUAUGUACGUCGCAACUCUAUGGACAACCUCCUAUCGCGUCAAACUCCGCCCACUGACCCAGAGUACUACUACCAACGCCAAUCCCCCUACCAACGAAUCCCGCAAAACUCCCCAGUUUACGCCUACAACCCCCCACCCUACCCACAAUACCAGUACGUCCGGCCUCCUAUAUACCAACACCCGCCUUCGCCACGCCCCCCGUAUCAGGAGCGUGUCCCCCCACUCCACCCGGAAUACUCCCCCUAUCAGCCAAUCCCGAGACAGUUGCUUAGGAAAAGUGUGAGUUUUGAGCCGGGGACCAAGGGUGGGGCUGAAUCCCCCACUCCGAAAGCUGUGGUCACGCCCAUUGUGGUUAAUAAUGCCAAUCAUAGCGUGCCGACGGGGAAAACGAAGUGUAAUUUGUGUAGGAAGAAGGCGGUGGUCUCGGCCAACUUGUAUUGCACGGAUUGCGAGUUUUAUAUGUCGAGGUUUAAGCCCAAAAGGUAGUUUUUGAAGGAGGGCAAAGUGAAAUGUAAUUUAUUUGGAUCUCACUGUAUAUAGGAUUGAUUUUUGUAAUGUUUUAUAUUACGUGAUUAUAAUAAAAGAGUUUUGAGUA